GACUGGCGUUGAAAACAAACCGUUGCCAUUACUCUUUAACCUGUCGACCUACGCUGGUUAAACCCGUCAUUCUGCCUCCAAAAUGCCGAAAAACUGUGUUGUUUUUGGUUGUGCUAACCACAACCGGAAACAGGGAAAACAAAGGUUGUAUUUUGUUCUGCCAAAGCGCGAUAAAAGCCCACAGAGACGAGACAAAUGGCUCGCAGCUUUACACCGGGAAAACGAGGACGGUUCUCACUGGAGUCCCCCAAAGUCCCGGGUCGUGUGUUCGGAUCACUUCGUUUCUGGUAAAUAUAAGGAACAAAAAUCCACCUUCUUAACCACAACUUGGCUAUACCGUCCGUGCUAAUGUUGUACUUGUUGAAUUUUUACCUUAUAACGUUCGACAGCUGAAGUUAUUGUUGUACAAAAAUAACAUGCGGUAUAUACUAUAUGUCUAUAGCCUAGCUAGCUAUUUUCGAAAACCGGACAACGAGAGGAUACCAAAGGCAGCAUUAAGAUGGACACCACCGGGAAAACGUAAGCCAGGGCGGCCAAAGAACACCUGGCGAAGAACAGUUGUACUUAAACAAUACAUGUAGCCCUCAAAUCUCUCAAUAUUUUAUACACUAACACUUGAUCUUGUUGUUGAUAACUUCCGCGUCUCUUUCUUAGUAGCGCGCAGGCUAAGCUAACUAGCAAGCUAAGCUAAGCCUGAGAAGCUUUAAAGUUCACUGAGACGAGUCUGACGCAAAUAAUACAUUUUCGUUUUUUCACACGAUAUGCGAAUAAGUUAAAAUGCGUAAAUGAAGGAUUUAACGCCGACUUCCAAGCCACAACGCUCGUUAAAUGCUUUUUCCGUCAAUGCUGUGUUCGCUGUGAGCUGGUUUGUUUUCAACCAAUUCCCGGUUGCUAGGGGAUUGGUAGGCGGAAGUGACGUAGGUCCGCCCUCACCCAUUCCAUGUUUUAGGAAUUUGACUCGUCAACAUCCAUCCAUCCAUUUUUCUACCGCUUGUCCCUUUUGGGGUCGUGAUUAAAAAAAUAACAACGUUUGUGUCGUCCAAAGUGUUUGAAAAACGAAACUCAUUUGUGGAAAAAUAGACCAUUUAAAAUAAUUAGCGUGAAAUGCCGAAAAGCGUAUCAACUAUGUCACUCAGAAUCAAAUACGAUGAAAACGGCAGAUUUAAAUUAGAAUAACUAAUAUGAAUCAAAGCUUUUUUUAAAUAUUAAAAGCCUAAUUUUGAUUGUCAAAUUAAAUGGGGCCCUUAUUUUGAAAAGCGACUGCGAAAUGCAUUCCCGUCUCCUCGCUACCUGCUUCCGGUUUCGGCGAAGGCGGACCAACCCGGCGAGCGCUAGGACCCUGCGGGGCUUCUCCGGUGAAGCACAUGGCGCUCACAAGACAACUCUUUCGCUGUCAUUCUUCCCGCGGAGCCGCAGCACCCCCGACACCUCCUCCUCCUCCUGCCCGCCCAGCACCGCCCUCACGUCGGCGACACUUCGGCGAGAACAGGCGUCUCACGGUCGGUGCUAAGUUGACCCAACUGAGGGACGCCUUUGGACUUUUUUUUUUUUUUUUUGGGAAAACCUCCCCAAGGAGGGGGGCGGGAGGGAAUGGGAAGGGGAGGAGACGGGAGGAGAGGAGAGGGGGAGGCUCGUCAGCUGUUUUGGGUUCGGGUGAUGGUUCGGCUCCACUGAACGCACAUUAGUGGGUGAGCGCCAUGCCGUCUUGGACUGUCAGCCCGCUCAUGUGGACAACACUGCAGGCUCUGUUGUGCUGUGGGACCGUGGACAUGGCACACGCUGCAGGGAGUCCCAGCGUUCAACACAGACCCACUGCCAAACUGAAACACUACCAGACCACGGUACCGCUUCAGCUGGUCGGACAAGACUGGAAACCGAUCCACCAGAUCCAGUCCCAGAGUCACCCCACGUCGUUGAAGCUGCUGAUUGAGGCGGAAGGUGAGCGGCUGCUGUUGGCUGUGGACAAAAAUGAGGGCCUUUUUGCAAGGAACUAUAAAGAAACUCAUUACCUGGAAGACGGCACCGCAGUCACAGACUCGCACAACUCUCUGGCGAACUGCUACUACCACGGCGAGGUGGAACAUCACGCCAACUCGGACGUCAGCCUCAGCACCUGUGCCGGUGUCAAGGGUUUGGUAGCUCUGGAAGGCAGAUCCUACGUGCUGGAACCCUCGGCCGACCACACCGACGGAACUCACUGGAUCUACAGGACGGAACACCUCAGUUUGACUCCUGGCACGUGCGGCCAUGACUUCAACAUAUCCUACCCUGGUGCACCGCCGGGCCGGAGCCCGUUGGCGGCCUUCAGCACGAGGCAAAAGCGCCACGCCCAGGCGACCGCCACCACCAAGUACGUGGAGCUCAUCAUCGUGGCCGACAACCGAGAGUUCCAGAAGCACGGCAAGGACGUGGAGAAGGUCAAGCAGCGUCUGGCGGAGAUCGCCAAUUACGUGGACAAGUUCUACAGGGCUCUCAACAUCCGGGUGGCGCUGGUGGGCCUGGAAGUGUGGAGCGACGUGGACAAGUGUCCCGUCACCCAGGACCCUUUCACCACCCUGCACGAGUUCCUGGACUGGAGGAAAGUCAAGCUGCUGCCUCUCAAGCCGCAUGACAACGCUCAGCUCGUCAGUGGGGUCUACUUCCAAGGUACCACCAUCGGCAUGGCGCCCAUCAUGAGCAUGUGCACGGCGGAGCAGUCUGGAGGAAUCGUCAUGGAUCAUUCAGACAUCCCUUUGGGCGCGGCGGUCACUCUGGCCCACGAGCUGGGACACAACUUCGGCAUGAACCACGACACGCCGGAGCGAGGGUGCGGCUGCCGGGUGACGGCGGACCGCGGAGGCUGCAUCAUGACUCCCUCCACGGGGUUCCCCUUCCCCACCGUCUUCAGCAGCUGCAGCAAGAAGGACCUGACGGCCAGCUUCGACAAGGGCGUGGGCAUGUGUCUCUUCAACAUGCCCGAGGUCAAGGUGCUCUACGGCGGGCAGAAGUGCGGCAACGGCUACGUGGAGGAAGGAGAGGAGUGCGACUGCGGAGAGCUGGAGGAGUGCAUCAAUCCCUGCUGCAACGCCACCACCUGCACCCUGAAGGGUGACGCCGUGUGCGCCCACGGACAAUGCUGCCACCACUGUCAGCUGAAGGCGGCAGGAACCUCGUGUCGCCAGUCCAGCAACUCCUGCGACCUGCCCGAGUUCUGCACGGGCGACAGUCCACACUGCCCCGCCAACGUCUACCUGCACGACGGCCACGCCUGCCAGCGCGUGGACGGCUACUGCUACAACGGCGUGUGCCAAACACACGAGCAGCAGUGUGUGACGCUGUGGGGACAAGGGGCCAAGGCCGCUCCAGGGAUCUGCUUCCAGCGGGUCAACUCGGCGGGUGACCCCUACGGCAACUGUGGCAAGGACGCCAAAGGCUCCUUCGCCAAAUGUGACGCACGGGACGCCAAGUGUGGCAAAGUCCAGUGCCAAGGAGGAGCCAAGCGCCCGGUCAUCGGCACCAACGCCGUCUCCAUAGAAACCAACAUCCCCUUACAAGAAGGAGGGAAGAUCCUGUGCCGUGGUACACACGUCUACCUCGGCGACGACAUGCCCGACCCGGGCCUGGUCCUGACGGGCACCAAGUGUGGCAACGGAAUGAUGUGCCUGAACCGCCAGUGCCAGAACGUCAGCGUUUUCGGCGUGCACGAGUGCGCCGCCAAGUGCAACGGUCGAGGGGUGUGCAACAACAACAAGAACUGUCACUGCGAGGCCCACAGGGCGCCACCCUUCUGUGCCACGUCAGGCCUGGGGGGCAGCGUGGACAGCGGUCCUGUCAGGCUGGCAGACGGCGUGGGCGUGACGGCGGGCAUCCUGGCGGUGUUGCUCCUCCUUCUGGGAGGCGCCGCGCUGGCGUGCAUGAAGAGGAAAGGCCUCAGAGGAAUGUUGUCCACCGCCAAGAAGGAUCCCACCGACAAGAUCAGAUCCGUGAGCGCCGCGACCGCCGGCCCCUCCACUCCCAGCCGGCCUCAGCCGGGCAACGCGGCGUCCCCGACCCGUCCGGCCCCGCCCGUGUCCCACGGCGCCGCCAUCUUUAAGCCUCCUCACCGAGGCCUGGGGGCGGAGCUCCCCCCGCCGCCGCCCUACCCCUCCCACAGCCUGCGCAGGUUGCCCCAGUGCCCGCCCGCCCACCACCGGCAGCCCCUUUCCCUCACCGUGUCCCUCGCCCCGCGGCCGCAGCCCAGGCCUGUUGCCCCGCCGCCGCUGCCUCACAGGGUGCCCCUUCCUCACGUUCACGUCACGCCCAGGGCCAUGGCGUGCCGCGGCGCUCCACGCCAUGAGGGCUGCAGGAUGGUGAUGGAACCUGUGCGUCCCAGUCCUCCUCAGAAGCCCCUCCCCGCCGACCCGAGGACGUCCCACCUGCUGCGAGCCCCCGCCCCAUCGUUGAUACCCGGCUCAGUGCGACCUGAAAGAAGUGGCGCCAAGCAGCCCGCCACGCUACCAAAGCCUUGCGUCAUCGCCAACGUCAAAUACAGCAGAUGAGAUGUGAGGAUGAUGAUGAUGAAGAAGACAUUUGCACUAUGACCCCCCCCCCCCCCUCCCCCCAUCUGCCUAUGGUGCUAAAAGUUCAGGUACGUGGAAAUGAACUAUUUAUAUGAUUCCUAUUUAUUUCCCACGCGCUGCACUGUGCCUGACGAGAGCCAAGGACCAUGACUUUCAUCUCAUUAACGUCACCAUGGUUACGCAUUCAUAUUAUUAGGAAUAAUCCAACAACAACAACAUCAUCUGUUUAAAUCACUUCAAAGCAAGACAUCUGUUUGUUUUGGUUAUGGUUGUCCGAUGCAAUUUAGUUGUGCAAAAUGGGUUCAAAGGUCACAUGAGUGAAGUGUUUUGAUUGGACGACGCUGCCCUCCGCAGGUCAAAUGUUGUGCAAUUCCAUCAUGAAGUAAACUUGAAGCCGGCGAAAGACUGAACGGAUUUUACUACAGUUAUUCGUGGUUUUUGUCUUGAACUUCCUGUUUUGUUGGUAAAAUCACACCAGCGACAAGAAAAAAAAAAACUUUUGUUACCUUUUGAUACACUUCUCUCUGUGAUGAUGCACUACUUUGAUUCCCUAGUUAAUGUAUGUUGUGUUACUGGUGAACACAUCUUGUUGUCCUUUUAUACGACAAAUAUUUCAUACUUCUUAAUGUGCAGUAAACACUGUUC